AUGUCGUUCAAAGUCAUGAAAGCUGUUUUCACAGCACUUACACUCGUUAGCUAUGUUACUGCAGCUGUUUCUGAAUCUGGAAAGACUUUGGUUGUGGAUGGAAUCAACUACUAUGCUGCUCCAGAAGUGGUUUCGAUCAUUGAUGCGUCGGCAGACAUGUUGGCGCGAGCAUCGACUACUGGAGUUGACUUGAUCCCGUUGACUGUCAUUGCGGAUUCAUCCAGCUCUUUCACUACAACAGUAUUCCGAGCAAUGGUGGAUAACUACACCGCUUCGGAUGAUGUUUUCAACAAGGGAUUCUUGCAAGCUGUCUACCUCAAGCACACUGGAUCUGCUCCAGCAAAUGUGCAAUACCCUCUCGGAGCUGCUCUCACCCAAUACGGCACCAAACUCUUCAUGCCAGCACGAGCAUACCAAUCCUCCGUCACAGCUCAAGGUUACACCAUCACUGGAUGGAGAACCGAAAUCCCAGCAGGACCAUACUUCAUGUCUGCCCGUACCGGAAAUGUCUACCAAGCAUACCGAUUGUACCAGGAUUCCAACGGUGCUUUCAUGCAGAGUUUGAAACCAAACACUGAUGGUAGCUACUCCGUUCUCAGCGCCGCCGUUCCUGGAGAUGAUACUCUCUCAAUCGGUGUUCCAUCCAGACUCUACUACACCAAGACUGCUGCAAAGCCUCUUGCUGGUGUUAGAAUCGGUAUCAAGGAUAUCUAUGAUAUUGCAGGUGUGAAAACCAGCAAUGGAAACCGAGCAUACUAUGAUCUCUACCCAGCACGAACUGCCACUGCUCCAGCUGUUCAAAGACUCAUUGACGCUGGUGCAGUUGUUGUUGGCAAGCAAAAGACUUCCCAAUUUGCCAAUGGCGAAAGUCCUACCGCAGAUUGGGUUGACUACCACUGCCCCUUCAAUGCCCGAGGUGACGGUUACCAAGAUCCAUCCUCAUCCUCUUCCGGACCAGGAGCUUCAGCAGGAGCCUACGACUGGGUCGAUAUCAACCUCGGAUCUGACACAGGUGGUUCCAUCCGCGGUCCAUCAGGAGCAAACGGCUGUUUCGGAAACCGUCCAUCCCACGGUCUCGUUACCCUCGACGGCGUUAUGCCUCUCUCCCCCGACCUCGACACCGCCGGUUUCCUCACCCGCGACCCAAUUCUCUGGCACACCGCCGCCAAAGCCAUGUACGGCACAAACAUAACAUCCAACUUCACCUCUCUCCCGCGCAAAAUCCUCACCUCCGGCUUCCCCACCACCGCCAACAGCGAAGCCGCCUCCAUCCUCCUCGACUUCCUCUCCAAGCUCCAAACCUUCCUAAAAGCAAACUCCACCACCCCAAUCGUACCCGCAAACCUCUGGGCCGCGAACCCCCCCGCAGAAGCGUCCGGCGUCUCUCUCUCCGGCCUCCUCAACCUCGCCUACCCAGCCAUGAUCUCCCAACAACAAUACUCCCUCCUCACCCUCCCCUUCUACGCCGACUACGCCGCGGCCAACAACGGCAAACGGCCCUUCGUCAACCCCUCCCCGCUCAUCCGCUGGGCUUACGGUCAAAACAACCUCCCCGCCGACGCAUCCGUCCAAGCCGUGCAGAACGCGACCAUCUUCCGCAACUGGUGGUCCUCGAACGUGAUUAAAACUUCCCCAGACACCUGUUCCGACUCAAUCCUCCUCUACGUCUCCUCCAGCGGCUCGCCUAGCUACCGAAAUCGCUAUAACAGCGCCCCGGGUAUUCCUACUGGAAUCAGCAUUGGACGGCUGAGUGGGUUUGCCGAGGAACCGGAUAUGGUGUUCCCGAUUGGACAGGCGAGUUAUAAUUCUACUAUCAGUGGACAGGAGGAGUUUUUGCCUGUGGCUGUGAGCGUUGUUGCGGCAAAGGGGUGUGAUGGGAUGGUGUUUACUUUGGCUGAGAGAUUGGUUGCGGCGGGGAUUUUGAAGGUGCCGAAGACGGGGAGUGUUGCCUUCUAG